UUGCUCGAAUCAGAUAUUCCGAAAUUCAAGUAUGAGCAAAAGGAUGCCGGCAAAAUCAGAUUUGCUAAACAGUUUAUCUAUAGAUUUAAAUACGUCGCUGUUAAAAAUAAAGUUAAAAAUCCUUUCGUUUUAGCAGAAAAAAUUGAAAAAUUAUUAAACCCAACAAAGCUCAAAAUUCUUGAUCUUACGUCUAACGAAGAUCUAACCAAAAACGCUGAUACGUUAAUAGAAUGCAUUGAAUGCCUUCCGCUGUUAUAUGAAGUUGUUAUUCCUCAAAGCAAACAUGGCUGGGCCAACUUCUUAAAAUGCAUUAAUUACGAUACGAGAAUUACCAGUAUUAUUACAUACGAUCCUUUUGAUUCUUCUUUCAAACAUAUCACAGAAGAAAUUCCAUCAAUGAAGCAUUCUACACUUAAGCAGAUAACAUUUAAGAACAAAGAUAUAUCAGAGCGUGAUGCACAGCACUUAAGAGUCUUCAUUUCUAUGAAAAGAUUAGAUACAUUAGCAUUCGACCAUUGUUUCAACGCAAAUACCUUUUCAAAGAUUCUUUCUCAGCUUUGCAAAGAAUCAGGAUUUAAAACUAUUACGAAUUGGGAGUUCUACAACAUAGAUGGAAUCAAAGCAACGGAACUCUUCGCAGCUACGCCAAAUCUCGAGACCGUUAAGUUCAGUAAAUGCAAUAUUGGCUUUCCAUCCAUUUUCUCUAGCAUUCCUUCAUCUUUGAAGAAAAUUAUUAUCGAAAAUGACGUUGCACAGACAACUUUCGGAGCGAUCAACCCACCAGACUGUUUAACAACAGUAGAAUUCAAGAAUAUCAAGUGGGAACCAAACGUUCUCUAUGAAGCAUUGACAAAAUUUGUCAAUAUGCAUCCAACAGAUGGUUUAUCAUUAGAUUUCAGCGGCAUCGAGAUGACCGAUUCACAGUGGAACAUAUUUGCUGCAUACGACAUGGACGUUAAUGAUAAUUCUACACUGAAAACAUUCAUCUGGAAUAAUAACCCAAUCACACCACCGAUCAUGGCUAUGCUUAGCAAACUGAAAGUUUUACAGCUUCUAUCUAUCAGCGGUUCCCUAUCAGAACAGACGAUUCUUCCUUUCGCCGAUUUCAUUGAAUCAUGUGAAUCUAUAACUAACCUCGUCAUCUGUGCAGGUGCAAAGCCAAUCGGUGCCGAAAAAUGCAUCACACUUAUGCGCGGUCUGAAAAACGCUAAGAACGUUGAAUCAUUAGUUCUGAAUGAUCAUUUGUUCGGCGAAGAAGGUGCAAUGGCACUAUCUGACCUUCUUAUGACGAAUAAGAAUAUCAGGUCAUGCGAAUUCGAGAACAAUAACUUGAAAACUAAAGAUAUUUGGUUUUCAUUUCUUGAAAAACUCACAGAACGAGGUCCUCCUCUUGAAUUACAGUGGCCACACGAAGUGGACGAGCUCUUCGAGAGCAAAGCGAUUGACCAGAACGAUUUAGACCACUUACACGACUGUUGGACAAAUAUUCAGAACGGUAGUGAAGAACAACAUCAAGAUGAAGAAGGACAGCAACAACUUGAUUUCGGGAAUGAAUUCGAUGCAGAACCCGAACAAGAUGAAUUUAUUGCUCCAUUAGAUUGGGAUCUUCAAAUUCCAGAUGUUCCUCUUCCAAGCACAGACUCUAUUGUUUCAGAAACAAUCAAGAGGUUUAACUACGCCACUCUUGUUGAUUCUAUUAUCAAGAAUUGA